AUGUUCCACGAGUCCACGGACCCGACGCUCGAGUUUGUCUACCACCCGCGCACGCUGUCGGUCCUGGUCGCGCUGCUGGCUGGCUUCCUGUACGUCGCGCUGUACGUCGACCCGUCGAACGACAUGCUGAACACAAAGUGGGGCCUGGUUGCGCUGUGCUCGGUGUUUGUCGUCGUGUCUGUCAUUUUGUUCCGCGACGGCCCGUUUGUGCGGCCGCACCCGGCGUUCUGGCGCGGCGUGUUGGCGCUCAACGUGCUGUACGAGAUGUUCCUGGUGUUUUUGCUGUUCCAGAGCAAGCAGACCGGCCGCCAGAUCAUGACGUUCUUCGACCCGGAGCUGGGCACGCUGCUGCCCGAGCGGUCGUACGGCGACGACUGCGCGCUGACGGCCGCCAACUUGUGGAACGGCAUUGACAUCUUUGUGCUGGCGCAUUCGCUCGGGUGGUUUGGCAAGGCGCUGAUCAUCCGCAACCACACAAUGUGUUGGAUCAUGUCCAUUGUCUUUGAGCUGCUCGAGUACUCGCUGGCGCACCAGCUGCCCAACUUUAACGAAUGCUGGUGGGACCACUGGAUUCUCGACGUCUUCACGUGCAACUGGCUGGGCAUCUACAUCGGCAUGAAGUGGUGCGAGUACUUCAAGAUGAAGACGUACACGUGGCACGGCAUCCGCGACAUCCCCUCGCUCACCGGCAAGCUGAGCCGCGCUGGCGCACAAUUUACGCCGCACAGCUGGACCGCCUACGAGUGGGCGCCGACGCGUCGCUUCAAGAACUUUGCCGGCUUCAUCCUUUUUGCCGUGCUGAUCAUGCUGGCCGAGCUCAACGUUUUCUAUCUCAAAUCGCUGCUGUGGGUGCCGCCAGAGCACCCGUUGGUCACCGCUCGCCUGGCGCUGCUGUUCCUGUUUGCGCUGCCCAGCGUGCGCGAGUACUACGAGUACUACUCUAACCCGCGGUGCAAGCGCAUGGGCGCGCAUGGAUGGAUGGUCAUUGUGACGCUGCUGACUGAGCUGCUGAUCAUUGUCAAGUUUGGCCGUGGCGAGUUUACCGAGCCCUUCCCACGCCUUGUGAUUAUCUUCUGGUCAUCUGUGGUUGGCCUGAUCGUUGCCUUUUCGCUGUGGCAAUCUUCGGAUGGCCAGCAGCAGCAGCAGCAGCAGCAGCACCAGAGCUUGCAUGCCAUGGACAGGACAAAGAUAGAUUAG